ACAGUCAACGCUGUCAUAGCAACAUGAACGCCAAGCCGCUGGCAGAGGCGCGUAGGCGUCGCAGUCAUGCAACAAACGCCACAACACAGCAGCAGCAGCAGCAGCAGCAACAACAACAACGGCAGUCUGGGCGCAGUAAUUUGGGAAGCAGACAACAGAAGACUCCGGCUAAGCCACUCGUAGCUGUUGCCGUGCUGCCGGCAAACAAGCGCUGCGUCUCCGCCAGAGAGUCGCAGCAGCAGCCACGCCAGCAGCUGCGUGCGCCAACUGCGCUGACGUCACGCGUGGCCUUCGGACGCAGCUGUCCCAUGUCAGCCCCAGCGCCACUAGCUCCUCCCACUGGCCCAGUCGCUACCCAUGCCAGUGCAGUUUCCACUGUCAGUCGCAGUGUGCGUCGCAAGCAGGAGACCGCCAUGGCAGCGGCGCAUGAGCAGCUGGAGCUGCUGCUGACGCGCAUAGAGCGCGGCAGCGAUGUAUCUGCCAGGUCAGCGCCAGGCACAGCGGCACUGCGACGACGUAAGCCAGCGCCAGCCAAUCUGGUGCGACGUCAAAUGGAGCAUCCGCCACCAGUGCCCAAGGGCACGCCGCAGGGUAGCGCACGUCGCUGGACAAGUCAGGUGGCAGCUACUGCCGCUGGCACCGACGCCGGCUCAGGCGACUUUGAACAUUUGCAAGUGCUGGACGUGCGCACGGGUGAGCUGAUUAGCUAUGCAGAGUCGCAGCGACGCAGCAAAGCGCUGCAUGCAGAGCCGGCAGCGACAGCAGUAGCAAAGACGACGACGACGACGACGACGACGACUAUAGCAACAGCUGAUGUAUUAGAGCAGGCCUGGGUGCCGUUAACACAGAAUCCACAGUUGCUGGCUCCGGAGCAGCGCGACGCGCUGCUGCAGCUGAUGUCACGUGCUGAGCAGCAGCAGGACAAGGAAAUCGUGAAGAUAUUGCGUGAGAGCGAUGGCGAUGAUGACGGCGAUCGAUCGAGGAGUACCAUGCGCCUCACUCUCCAGAUGCUCCCGUUGGCAUUGACGCCAGGCGACUCACCAUACAGCGAACAGUUCUGGGCAGGUCAUCGCUAUUUGAAGGAGCGCCAACAGCUGCACUCCAAGCUGCGCCCCGAUGAUCUGCGCUACAAGGAGGUCAAGAUCUUGCGCGGCGCUGGCGGCAAGUAUAUGUUGUCCAAGACCCUCGAGCAACAGCUGCAGGAUGAGAAGCAUGUGCUGGACUUUAUAGACUCGGAGCUGCAGCGCUACCAGACACCAGAGCAGCAGGCGCGUCACCAGCAGGCCAUGGCUGAGCGGCAGGAGCUGGAUCGUCAGAAGCAGCAGGUGGGCGAGUGGCGCGAGCAACAUCAGCUGGCCAAGCAGCGGCUGCAUUAUCGCCGAAAGUCCAAGAAACCCAAAUGCGCGCGAAUGCAAUUGUCGCUACCGCCGCCGCCGCCGCCGCUGCCACCGCCAGUUAAGCUGGAGCUAGAUCUGCGACUCGAGGCGGCAGCCGAAGAGACUGACGGUGCUGGUGAUGUGGAAGGUGAAGUGGAGCUGGAUGAUGAGCUAACACCACGUGCGCCUGCCUUUGCGCCAGACAAUGAGGCGCAUGCGGAGCUGAGCAGCCUGCUGAUGCAGCGCCAGCAGUUCCAGCAGCAAUGCCAACGCAGCGGUCUCUACAACAACAGCAACUGCCCCAUGCCCUGGCAGCUAAUAGCCAACGUUACCAACAAUUUGAGCACAGAGCUGAGCAAAAGUGCAGACGCCGAGCUUCAUCGCAGUAUUGCUAAUUAUCUCAAGGAUUUCGUGGACAACGAGACACGUCAGAUCAAUCGACUGGCCGACUAACGGAAAAUCUAUUCAAAACGCACCAUCUAGCUCUGGCUAUCCCAAAUUUAAAGUAACCAAUGAUUAGUACAAUCCCCUCUCCCAGACCCCGACCCCCCCACAAAGCUGUAUUCUUUCUUAUCUGCCCUAGUCUGGCGUCAUCAAAUCCAUUGUGACAUUCUCAACAAAUUGUUAGUGCAUUAAAUGUUUGUGGUAGGAAUUAAAAGAA